AUGAUUGAGUACAAUAUCUCUUUGUUGAACCCGCAUAAUCUAGUUCAGUCAUUCUUUGUUCUGCAGAAGGAUGAUCCUACCCAAGGAUUUGCUUUCGACGCUACCUGUUACGCGGGUCCCACAUCGCCAGAUAAUGCCUCCACGAAUGACGAGCUCUUGUCUCUGAGGCUAAGGCUAGGCUCUCAUCUGGCAUGUCACCUUCGCAACGAGCUUGAGAGAAAGACAGGAUAUACAUCAACCGUUGGCAUAUCCACCUCCAAGCUGCUGUCUAAGCUGGUUGGCAACCUGCAUAAACCGAAGAGUCAAACGACGCUUUUACCUCCAUACGAUUGUCGAGAUGGACAGGUAAGCAACGUUGACUCUUUUCUCGAUGGCUACGAGAUCGGCAAGAUUCCUGGAAUUGGUUCUAAGCUUGCCCAAAAGAUACGGCGACAUAUCCUGCAGCAUGAACCAGACUUUGAGAAAGGUCUUGUCUAUGGAGAGACCAGAGAGCAGGUGACCGUAAAAGAAGUCCGUCUUGCGGACACCAUGACCGCCGACACACUGGAGAAGAUACUGGCUGGACCUGGCUCCCCUAAUGGUAUCGGCAUCAAGAUUUGGGCACUCUUGCAUGGCAUCGAUGAUACGGAAGUGAACUUUGCAAAGGCUGUGCCCAGUCAGAUCAGCAUUGAAGACAGCUACAUCCGCCUCGAUACCUUGCCUGAAGUACUGAAGCAGCUCAAGAAGCUCAGCUGCAGCCUUAUAGAUCGGAUGCGUGUAGAUCUUGUCACUUCAGAUGAUGACGCAUUCGAUGAAUCUCCACGACAUAAUGAGCCCGAGCAGGAUCAGGUUGCUGGAAGGGAUGCCACAGAUAUCAAAGAUGGAUAUAUGCCGUUCGAGACGAAGUUGUCCGCGAGAUCAAUGACAGCAAGAACCAGAUCACCAAGCAGAUGGCUUGCCCAUCCCAAGACCAUCCGCCUAUCUACCAGACCUCGUCUGCCACUCAAUCUCGACGGCACCCGCUCUCGAAGCUUCAAGCGAAUCUCUCAUUCUGCGCCAUUGCCAAAUUAUGUUCUUUCUUUGACAGACAAUGUUGACACACUCGCAGAAAGGCUUGUUCACGAUACGCUCAUAGGGAUGUUCAGAAAGCUUCAUCCAGAAAAAGCUGGAUGGAAUCUGAGUCUGGUCAACCUUGCUGUAACAAACAUGGCAGAAGCAGGUGGCGAGAGCAAGACUGCUAACGGUCGCGAUAUCAGCAGCAUGUUCAAGCGCCAGGAAAGCGUCCACAAGGAGUUCACUGCGUAUGCUGAUGAGCAAGCGACAUUACAGGUAGAGUCAGUCCGACAGACGAGUGUAGAAGAGCUCAAGUCCCCCAUUGUUGAUCUGACUUUUGAAGCGGAAGACAAUAGUUGGUUGGAAGAAGAGAACGAGGAUGACGAAAGAUGUGGCGUCUGCGGUAUGUCGGUACCCUCGUUCGCUAUGCCUGCUCAUGUGAGAUUCCAUGAGGUCGCGGAUCAAUAG